AUUUUUCAUUCAAAUGAUUGACUAAGCACGCAGUAUAGUAACAGCCUUCACAGAUAGUCAUUUCGUGGAAAGCUGUAAGCUGAUUGCGGAAUCUGUUCGCCAGAAAAGUACAAUGACGUUGCUACUCUUCUAUUCGCUAUGUAUCCUCGUCCAAGCUUCAAUAGUUAUCUCCGAAUUACCACCUCCGCCCGGAGCAAAUUUGUACGACGACUACAAUGGGCACCAUAAUACGGGUCUAUUCAAAUUCCUGAUGUCAACCUCGCUUAGAAGUAGUCACUGCGCAAUAGGAUUUACUUACAACGAUGGGAUGAAUAUACGAGACAGAGAUCGCAUUAUUAACCCAAACGAGGCAUGCUGUAUUGUUAAAUUCACUGAUAUAGGACAAAGUGAAAUUGAUGAUAUAAUUUGCCAAAAGGUGUGUAAGCUUGAACGGUUUGGAGAAGAAUACACGGAGGAUAACACAUUUUGGUGUAACCUGCCACUAGAAGCUGUUUCUAAAAUCUGGUCAUUCAAAACAUUAAUGGAGGAUAACAAACUUCAUUUUCAAUGCUCUGAUGAGAAAACCCUAUGUAGGGACAGGAAAUAUUUUUUUGAAAAUUAUUGCACGCUGCGGAUUAAUCUACCCGAUUUUAUGUGCUCCCAAGCCAAUGUGAUUGAAAAAUAACACUUUUCAUCAAUAAAACAGAUGUUAAGAUUUUUCUCAGAUUGAAGUAGAGAUUGGUGAUAUCCAUAGAUAAAGAUGAGAAUCAAAGAAAACCAUAGAUAAUGUUUAUCCUAGCCUUGCUAUAGAAUAUUUACUAACAUUCAUCUUGAAUUAAAAUUUAGGUGGAAAUAAAACUAUGCAUCUUCAAAUAACACAUUACAUGUAUAACUUCAUUAAACCAU